AUUUUAUUGAUAUAGAUAAGGCGAACAGCAGAGAGUAGGUGAACACUCAGUCAUGGCUAUCCGCAUCAACUCUUUUACUCUCUCUUCAGUUUCACCUAAGAUGGAGUUAAGAGUUGGAAAUUCAGGCCUCUGGGUUAGCUCACAGAUGAUGCCCCAAAUGCGAAAGGAGAGUCGUGGACGACGCGUCUGGAGGCGAAGAAAAUUGAUAAAAAAGGAUGAAUAUAUGCUUCCAAAAAUGGAGCGGGUUCCUUUCAUGGAGGAGCAGGUAAGGAUUAUAAGGGAACAGGGAAAGCUAUUGACAAUGGACAUAGAGAGGCUGUUGUUAUCAGAAGAUAAUCGGUUUGAUUUCGUGAAUGAGAUAGCAGCUGAGGCGAAUUCUUAUGUUGAGAGCAACAGGGAUGAGUAUGGAGGUGAGAAGAAGGCCAUUCUUCAUGUUUUGAGCAACCGAAUGAAUGAUACUGGAAUUUACCGGCCAGAGGCAUAUUAUGAGCCCGAUCACUUCAAGCCCGGGCCUCAUUAUUUGAGAGAAGAAUUUACAUAAUAAGUCCAGAAAAAAUACAUGUUAUGCUGGCAUCUUAAACUAGAGACAAAAUCCUACAUCUUUGCUUCUUAUUGAUUUCCGUCUAAAUUUGCUGGUGUUGUUUGUAUGUAUGCAAAUGAAAGCCAUAUUCAAACCGAAAAUAAAAUCAAAUUAAAGGGUUUUUCUUCCUACUCA